CCUCUCUCUGGCAGAGUGGUGUUUUUGUUGUUGGUGAAAGGUGAGGGGAACAGCUGAUCUUCUGGUGGGGACUGAGAUAUCUAAGAAGGCAUCAUGGAGGAGUCAUUGCUCAGCCGAACCCCACCCCGGGGUGGGGUCACUUUUCUGAAUGUGGCUAGGACCUAUAUCCCCAACACCAAGGUGGAAUGUCACUACACCCUACCCCCAGGCACUGUGGCCAAUGCCAGCGACUGGAUUGGCAUCUUCAAGACAGAGGCCUCCUCAGUUCGAGAUUAUCACACCUUCGUCUGGUGCGUGGUGCCUGAAGGUGCAGCUGAGGGCACUGCUGUCCACUCCAGUGUCCAGUUCCAAGCCAGCUACCUGCCCAAGCCAGGUGCCCAGUUCUACCAGUUCCGCUACGUAAACCACCGAGGCCGAGUGUGCGGCCAGAGCUCCUCAUUCCAGUUUCGGGAACCAAGGCCCAUGGAUGAACUGGUGAUGCUGGAAGAACCUGAAAGUGGUUCUGAUAUCCUGCUUGUUGUACCCAAGGCGACGGUGCUGCAGAACCAGUUAGAAGAAAGCCAGCAGGAACGGAAUGACCUGAUGAGACUGAAGUUGCAGUUGGAGGGGGAGGUGACAGAGCUGAAGAGCAGGGUACGUGAGCUGGAGACCACGCUGCAGGUCACCAAGGAGGAGCAGGCCAAGCUGAUGGAGCAGUACAAGGGGCUAUCACGUGCCCAUGGGGAACUUAAAGAAGAGCGGGAUGUCCUGAGCAGACAACAGGGAGAUCAUGUGGCCCGGAUCCUGGAACUGGAGGAUGACAUCCAUACCAUCAGUGAGAAGGUGCUGGAGAAAGAGGUGGAGCUGGACAGGGUCAAGGAUGCGGUGAAGGCCUUGACUCAGGAGCAGGAGCAGCUUCUGGGGCGGCUGAAGGAAGAACAAGCAGACAAGGAGCAAAGCCAGGCCGAGCUACAGGCCUCACAACUGGAGUGCUGUCGCCUGAGUACAGACCUACGGAAGGCCAAAAGUCAUCAGGGGGAGCAGGCUUCUCAGCUCCAGAGACUGCAGGAGGAGGUCACCCGCAUCCAGAAUCUGCUGGAUGGGGCCCAGCAGCGGAUUGCUGAACUGGAGCCCCUGAAAGAGCAGCUUCGGGGGACCCAAGAGCUCGCAGUCUCAAGCCAGCAAAAAGCUGCCCUGCUCGGGGAGGAGCUGGCCAGCGCAGCAAGUGCCAGAGACCGAACCAUGGCCGACCUCCAUCGGAGCCGGCUCGAGGCAGCUGAGGCCAACAACAGGCUGGUGGAGCUGAGUCUGCAGUGGAGAGAGGACAAGAGCUCAUGGAACAAGGAACGAGCAGGACUUCUGCAAAAUGUAGAGGCAGAGAAGGAUAAGAUCCUGAAGCUGAGUGCGGAGGUCCUGAGACUGGAGAAAGCCGUGCAAGAGGAGAGGACCCAGAGACAAGGGCUCAAAGCUGACUUGGCUCGAGAGAAGGAUUCCAGUCUGGUGCAGUUGUCAGAAAGCAAGAGGGAGCUAACAGAGCUUCGGUCAGCCCUUCGAGUAUUUCAGAAGGAAAAGGAGCAGCUGCAGGAGGAGAAGCAGGAACUGCUCGAAUAUAUGAGGAAGCUGGAGGCCCGCUUGGAAAAAGUGGCCGACGAGAAAUGGAGUGAGGAUGCAGCCACUGAGGAUGAGGAGGCAACUCCUGGGCUGAGCUGCCCUGCGGCAGUUCUGACAGACUCAGAGGAUGAAUCCCCAGAGGACAUGAGGCUUCCUUCUUAUGGGUUGUGUGAGCGAGGAGGCCCUGCCUCUGCUACCUCUGCACCCCGAGACACCCCCGCUCUUGUGGUCAUCAGCCAACCAUCCCCUAUUGCUCCUCACAUGACAGGGCCCCAUGAAGACAGUAGCUCUGACUCGGAGGCAGAGGAUGAAAAGGCAGUAUUGAUGGCAGCAGUGCAGAGCGGAGGGGAGGAGGCCAGCCUGCUGCUUCCUGAACUAGGCAGUGCCUUUUAUGACGUGGCCAGCACCAUCUUCCGUGGAGCCCAAAUUGUCUUGCACCCCCUCUCUCCUGCCCUUCCCCCCCCCCACGCUGGCAGUGGCUUUGUUGGGGGCCCCCUUUCCGAGGCCAGCCCAGGGGGCCCUGCCGCCCCUCCUUGGAAGGAGUGUCCCAUAUGUAAGGAACAGUUUCCUGAGUGUGACAAGGAUGCCUUGGAGGAGCACGUGGAUGGACACUUCUUCUUCAGCACCCAGGAUCCCUUCACCUUUGAGUGAUACACACUCACACACGUUUUGUGGCAGACUGAGUUUCAGGCCAUCAAGACCCCGAAGAUAUCCUCCUCCCCACUCCAUUUCUACUUUGACCUCGAAUCCACAACGAUUUGUGUUAGCACUGAUCGAAAUGAGCACUCCUCCCCCAUCCAAACAAGACAGCACCCCCAGCGGUUUGAGAGACAGACUGGGGCUCCAGGGAAAGUAUCCACCAGACCCCCCUGCCCUCCAAACAGCCUGGCUUCUGUUGUGUCAGUGUUCCAAAGCCAACUCACGGAGCACACUCUCCUCCCUAUUCGUUCCCAUUUGAGGUUCGUAUUUGUUUACCUGAGUUCUUCUGUCUCUGGGUUUGCAUGGAGGCAGGGAAAUCAACCUAAUGACUUUUUAACGACCCUUCCAGCUCUAGGCUUCAUCUCUUUCUGUUUCCUUACUCCCUUUCCCUAGCUUGUCCAUAUAAUUAACCAUUAAGUUUUGUGGUUUCUUUGGGGGGUAAAGAAGCCCCCCUGCACCCAAUUUCAUCCCUUUCCUGGCAGUACCCUCCUACCCCACUUGAAAUGAACAACAUGGAAAGGAAAAAAUCAUCUGUGCCUUUUGUGUUGGGAGAGGGGGGAGCAGCUGAAACCAAGUAUUUCCAUCUACUGGCCUGUCCUCAUCCUCUUUGACAGCAAUAAGAUAUUCUUCCCUAAUACUCUCCCUGUCACCACCACAUGUCCUCCCUUCCCCCCCCCCAAGUUGUGUAGCAUGGGCAGAGAUAUUUAUAUGACAUUAUACUAUUCUAAUAAAAUGUGUUCUUACCACAA